GAUGGUGAAAAGUGAAGGGAGGUUGGGGAUGGAUGGAUGGGUGGAGAUGCUUUAAUAUGCUCUUCAAGAUUUGACAUCUGUCCAACUCCAUUGUCUUCUCUCACACAACACUCUACUCUUUUUUCUAUAUUGCCCCUUUCUCUUUUCAACCCAUUUUUCUUUCAUUAAAAGUUUCUUUUUUUUUUCGUCAUUUUCUUCUCUUUCUUCUCCACUCCCUUUCUCGCGCUUCCAACACACACCCCAACACACUCAGGUGUCACAGUCAGAAGACAAGGUAGUGAGAAGGGAAAAGAAGGGAAGGAAGAAACUAGACUCUACACGGUUGACAAAAUUAGAUAAAGUUUGUUCCUUUCAAGUUUCGGGCUGUUUCUCCCACACUAGAGUUGACGGUGGUAGACAGAGAAGAAUAUGAUAAUGGUUGAAAAAGGGUGUGGUCUAGCUUAUUUUGGUUGAAAUUUCUACAAAUGGAAAUUCGGAUCCAUUGUUGUUGACCAGAUCUGACUACCUCCAUUUCACUUUCACCACCUUUUACUAGUCCAUGAUUUGCAUAGGUGGAAUUUGCCUCCACCUCUGGGCUUCUUAGACAUGAGAAAUGUUUUUUUUAAUUCCACACUUUGGGUUCUGGGAUCGUUAUCAAUCCGAAAAGGUGAUAAAUUAGUUAAAACAUGACAGGCUGUGUGAUAUCAGUAGGGUGGGAGGGUAACUUUUUGUACUACAUAGACAAGGAUUUUGAUGGAGGAGAUGUCAACCACGAUUGCAGUGCCAUUAAGAGUAGGUAAUUCAGUGUGUGAUAAGCCAACCAUAGCUAGCCAUAUGGAUGUAUCCAGAAUUAAGCUGAUGGCAGAUGCAGGAUUGUUAUCCAAUUCUAUAACUAAGGUUUCCACUGAGACUUUAAUAGGUUCGGAUGAGAAUCGUGAUGGUGCACUUCGGGAGGAUGAAGUUGGUGUUACAGCUGUCACGUCUCCAGAGCAGGGAACAGAAAGACAAAUUCCAUCAUUGGACAUGAUGUCCCAUAAUAUAAACUCUUUGGUUGUUGGUGAUGAAGUUUUGACUCCAGAAAUCGAGGAGGAUGAUUUGAUAUCACUGGAAGGUGAUCCCAUUAUUGAUAGCUCUUCUCUUUCAGUAGCCAGUGAGAAUAGUAGUGUUUGUGGAGAUGAGUUCAUCAGUUCUGAGGUUUCUUCUGAUUUAGGGACUGCAAGUUCCGUAGACAUAGUGAAGAACUUAUCCGCUGUCAAAAUUGCUGCCAGGGCUGCUGAUUUGGGUGAGUCAAAUGUAGAGGGAAAUGUUAUGAGUGAUCCCCUUGCUGUAGCAGUGAGCCUUGAAGAAGAGGCAGGAGUUAGAUCUAGCCCAACACCUACUACCGGUGUUCUUCAUCAACUACCUCUGGAAAGAUCUGUGAGUGGAACAGUGGGUAGAAGUGUUUUUGAAUUAGAUUGUACCCCACUUUGGGGAUUUACAUCUGUGUGUGGAAAAAGACCUGAGAUGGAAGAUGCAGUUGCAGCUGUACCUAGGUUUUCGAAAAUCCCUAUUCAAAUGCUAAUUGGUGACAGGGUACCUGAUGGAAUAAACAAAUGUUUCAAUCAGCAGACAGUACAUUUCUUUGGAGUCUAUGAUGGCCAUGGUGGCUCUCAGGUGGCAAAUUAUUGCCGUGAGCGCAUGCAUUGGGCCUUGGCCGAGGAAAUAGAACUUGUCAAGGAAGGUCUAUCAGUUGAAAGUACCAAGGAUGAUUGUCGAGAAAUAUGGAAAAAAGCUUUCACCAAUUGUUUUUUGAAGGUUGAUUCUGAGGUUGGGGGGGAAGUUAAUGGUGAGGCUAUUGCCCCAGAAACUGUUGGAUCCACUGCCGUUGUUGCUGUUAUCUGUUCAUCUCAUAUCAUAGUUUCAAACUGUGGUGAUUCAAGAGCAGUUCUGUGUCGUGGCAAAGAACCAAUGGCGCUAUCUGUUGAUCACAAACCUAAUCGAGAUGAUGAAUAUGCAAGAAUUGAGGCAGCUGGAGGCAAGGUGAUACAGUGGAAUGGUCACCGAGUGUUUGGUGUUCUUGCAAUGUCAAGGUCUCUUGGUGAUAGGUAUCUGAAGCCAUGGAUUAUUCCAGACCCUGAGGUGACGUUUCUUCCACGGGCAAAAGACGAUGAAUGCCUCAUUCUGGCCAGUGAUGGCCUAUGGGAUGUAAUGACAAAUGAAGAGGUGUGUGACAUUGCUCGGCGGCGCAUACUUCUCUGGCACAAGAAAAAUGGCUUGGCACUGCCCUCAGAAAGGGGAGAGGGAAUUGAUCCUGCUGCACAAGCAGCUGCAGAGUACCUGUCGAAUCGCGCUCUUCAGAAAGGAAGCAAAGACAACAUCACUGUGAUUGUGGUGGAUUUGAAAGCUCAAAGAAAAUUCAAGAGCAAGACAUGACUGUUUCUUCAAGUGCACCUGGGUGUUGGAAGAUGAAUAUGAUCCAAUAUUGUUUUUUUGCCCAUAAAUUUUUCAUAUGGGCUUGAGAAUAGCACCCUGUACAAUACAUUCACCUCUCCCUAGAACUUUCAACUGAUUAAGAGUCUCCUUGUAUACUGCCACAUUGGGGCCAUGUAAAUCUUUGCUGCUUUUGUAGGUAAGGUAAAGGAGACCAGUUCCAUGCCUAUCUGUCACCAUAUUGUAUUCAUUAUUAUGCCUCCGAGAACAAAGGCUCUGUGAGGUAUUUACUUCAUAUAUUUUAACCCGUGUUGUUUAUAAAAAGAGUAGUAGCUAAUUGGCAUUGUGAUUUUCAUGUUGUGAUCCACCCCCAUUCCAAUAAUGUAGCAGAGCAAUUCGCUAUUUGAAGCAUAAUCUAGAAAUGUGUCGGUGGUGGAUUGAUAUCAUUGGUUAUGACUCAAUUCCAGUGGUUGUACUGCAAUAAUUAUGGUGGGGACAAUUAUGGACAAGGUUGCUUAAGAAAUCUCAGCUAUCUUUUUUAUUUUU